AUCCGCACACAUGCAUAAACCGAUUUGACAACCUUAUUCUGACCACAAACCGUUUAUUUGGUCUGGUCCGGUGCAGACAGCUCUGUUUCCCAACCCUACCCCUCACUUCGCGACGCGGGCUUUCUUCUUCCUCGCGAGCGAACCCUAAACCUUCAUCGAUACUUCAACAGAACUCAACUUGUGUUCUUUCGUUCUCCAGCAGCGCCAUCCACUUCUUCCACUCAACAAUCGACCCCUCCAGACCUUCCUCCUAAACCCUGCUUGAAGCUCGAGUGCACUCCCGUCAGUCUCCAACAGCCACAUCCACCUCUUCCGCCGCUGAAUCACUCUGCUGCCGAAGUAUCCUCCUCCGACAACUCAGCUCUGUUGCAGACAAAAAGAUGAAGAGGCGAAAACUGAAUAAGAAGGUCGUUGAUUCUACGCCCCAUACCAUCUCGAACACGGAGUAUUGGAGUGAUGAUGGUCAGAGUGAGGUUACCGAAUCUGGCUAUGACUCAGAGUCCUUUGCGCUAGAUGAGGAGCAUACCUUUAGGUUGGAUGCUCAUUCUGCUGUUAAGACAUCUACACAGGAAAGUUCUUUUCUUUUACAUUUAGAAAAAAACUUAUCCGAUGAAGAGGUCGAGAGUCUUUGCAAAAAGAAAUGGAAGUACAGAUGGGAAGUGCCUUCUCUUGACUUGUCAAAUUGCAAGUGGGUGGGGACAGGAGAUUGUUGCCUAAAGACACAGGAUAUGUUGGACAGUUCUACUAGGGAUGUCAAACAAAGUUUGUAUAAGCAUUGGUUGGAAGUGUGCAAGCUGUAUGGAGGCAGAGAUUUUCCAGUGUCUAAGCAUAGUUCUUUCUUCAACAUCUUCAAUAGCUACAGGGAUGUAUUGCAUUGUAACAAGAAACCUUUCUAUCUCAAAGGUCACGAAGAAGAUUCUAACAUUAUGGACGCGUACCUCAUGCAUUCUUUGAAUCACAUUUUUAGAAGUAUAGAUCUUGUGAAAAAGAAUGAUACGAAAGUUGCCAAGCUUCAAGAAACUGCUGAAAGUGAGUUGCUUAUUGACGAUGUUGUUCGUGAUCGCGGAUUCACUCGGCCAAAGGUUUUGAUCUUGUUGCCAAUUAGACACAUUGCACUUCGUGUUGUGAAGAGGCUGAUUCAAUUGACUCCUCAAGCUUCAAAGGUAAAUGUGGAGUUCAUGGAUCGAUUCCUUGAAGAGUUUGGAUAUCAAGAAGAUGAAGCCGAUCUGGACAAUGAAGAAUUGAAACUCAAAAUUGGAAAUUCAAAAUCUCAGAAGAUUUCUAAGCCAUCUGACUAUGAAGCACUUUUUGGUGGAAAUUCUGACGAUGAUUUUAUGAUUGGAAUUAAAUUUACUAGGAAAAGCAUAAGGUUAUAUAGUGACUUUUAUUCGUCGGACAUGAUUGUUGCUUCUCCACUUGCGUUGCGGGAGAAAAUUGACAAAGUUUGGGCCAAAAAGGAAGAGGAUUUUGAUUAUCUUUCUUCUAUUGAGGUCACCAUAGUUGAUCAUGCUGAUGUAAUAGCAAUGCAAAACUGGGAGCAUCUUGCUGUAGUUCUUGAACAAUCCAACCGCAUGCCCUCCAAGCAACACGGGACUGACAUCAUGCGCAUUAGAAAAUGGCAGCUGGAUGGGCAUGCCAGAUUUUACCGUCAAACAAUUGUAUUAGGUCAUUAUGUAAACCCAGAUAUCAAUUCUUCAUUCAAUAAUUGGUGUGUUAACUACCAAGGAAAGAUCAAGUCGGUAUGUGAGACUCAUAAAGGUGUUCUUCGUAAAGUCCUACCAGACCUAAGACAGAUCUACGAGCGAUUUGACGUUGGCUCAAUUGCAGAUAUCGAUGAUAUACGCCUUGCUCAUUUCAUUAAUAAGGUUAGCUCUGAAAAGGUUUUCCCGAAGAUCAAAGAUUCUGAAGAGGGAGGAAUCAUGAUAUUUAUCAGUUCUUAUUUCGAGUUUGUUAGAGUUCGUAACUUCCUGAAGUCUCAAAACGCAUCAUUUUGCCUGCUUGGAGACAACACUAAACCUAAAGAUGUGUCACGUGCGCGGAACUGGUUCAUCCAGGGGAAGCAUAAAAUCAUGCUCUACACUGAAAGGCUUCUUUUCUUCCGCAGAUACAAGAUUCGUGGUGUGCGAGACUUGAUCAUCUAUUCACUUCCCGAAAGGAAAGAGUUAUAUCCUGAGGUUGUUAACAUGCUUGAAGGGGCCAACAACAGUAACAUGUCAUGCACUGCACUCUUUUCCAAGUUGGACUGGUUGCGGCUGGAGAGAAUCGUAGGGACUGCUUCAGCAAGAAGGAUGGUGACGUCAGACAAGCCGGUGUUCGUGUUAUGUUGAGAUGAGAGUAGAGUGCAUUUAGUGGGUAAGUUUAUGGAGCAAAAAACUUUAGUAUCACUGUAUCAGGAAUCAGGCGAGUCCACUAGAUGCAGAUAGAGAGCCAUGGAAUCUGCUUGGAUGGUCAAGGUUCCUUAUUUUGCUUCAAUUGAGCAACCAAUUUUGAUUCGAUUCGAUUUCGUCUAAAUUAUUGGCCGGUGGUUUAUUUAUGUGGUUUGCAUUUGCAUGGUGCUAAUAAUUAAGAAUCUCUCUCUGACUAGGUGUAGUAUAUUGUCGUGGUUGGCUAUGUUUGUCUGACGGCUAAAUUGCAAGAUUGGUUACUUACUAGAAUUAGGAUAAAAUACAAUUGGUAGACAUACCACUUAAGUUUGAAUAGGGCGUUGGAUACCAUUAAAGUUGUUAAAAUGUGCAUCUGUCUAUUUUUCCA